AUGGCAGCCCACCUCACAGAGGGCAGCCCCAAUUCCAGCGGGACCACGCAGACGCUGGAUUCUUCUCCAGUGGCUUGCACUGAAACGGUGACUGUCACUGAAGUGGUGGAAGGAGAGGAGUGGGGCUCCUUCUACUACUCCUUUAAGACUGAGCAGUUGAUAACUCUGUGGGUCCUCUUUGUUUUCACCAUUGUUGGAAACUCUGUCGUGCUGUUCUCCACAUGGAGGAGGAAGAGGAAGUCAAGAAUGACCUUCUUUGUGACUCAGCUGGCCAUCACAGAUGAUGAUAAUGAAGCUCAGAGAGGGUUAAGUAGCCUGCCACACUCUUCCAGCUGAAUUAUAACCAGCUUGAUCUGCCUUCUG